AUGAAGGCCCUUCUGUGGAGCGCCCUCUCGGUCUGCCUGCUCGCCCGCGCGCUCAGCGACUGCCGGAAGGACUGCCUGAACUGCCACAGGCGCUUGCACAGCCGCCAGGAUGACUUCAGCCUUCUGAUCUGUGUGAUGGAGUGCGAGGGGCGGCUGCCAUCCAGCGCGACCUGGGACCUUUGCAGCAAAAUGCCCAGCCGGAAGGUCUCUUUGCGGCCAGGCCUUGACCACGCAGAAGACGGCAGCGAGUGGCCCUUGGAGAAGUGGGACGGUGGCCUGCUGGGAGGCGGCGGCGGCCUCAAACCUCUCGGGGACUUGGCCAGAGCGGUGGACCUCAGCCAGGCAGAUGAUGAGAAGCAGGGUUCCAAACUGAGCGGCCUCCUCCGUCAGCCAGAGGCGGAAGGCGACGGCGGCCACGGGGGCCGAGUCCCACCGGGGGCGCUGCAGGGCCACCGCGAGGUUCCCCGGAGGAUGAGCGAUUUCCUGAGCGGACCGUUCAGUUACGGGCAGCUAGCAGAACCGGGGGUGCAAGAGCUCCAGAAACGAUUUGGGGGUUUCAUCGGAGUGCGCAAGUCGGCCAGGAAGUGGCACAACCAGAAGAGGUUCAGUGAAUUCCUGAAGCAGUACCUCGGGAUGGCUCCACGCUCCGUGGAGUACGACGACUUCCCGGAUGACGCCAAGGAGCAGAACGAGAUCUAG